UUGAGCGUCGGGGCCCGAAAGAACACACCACUACUAUACGUGUCAACUUCUUCUCGGGAGUCACCUAACCACCUGCCACCGCGGGGGGAGUGGCCCCCCCAAAGCCCGGGGCCUGCCCUCGCUCUGACCACGCCCAGUCAGCUGCUCCUCAAAGUUCAGCGAGCCUCCUGCGCAAACUUUUCCGCGCUCCUCGCCACGGAUCAGGCAACGGACAGCGCCGGCAUGUCUUUUUCGGAGCAGCAGUGGACUCCCACGAGCGUCCAGGUAACGGUCCUGCAAGCCAGAGGCCUGAGGAUAAAGGGGAAGAGCGGCACCAACGAUGCCUACGCACUCAUGCAAGUGGGGAAGGACAAGUACCAGACGUCGGUGGUGGAGAAGAGCGUCGCCCCGGUGUGGAAGGAGGAGGCCACCUUCGACCUGCCCCCGCCGCUGCAGGGGGCAGGCAGAGGCGGCCCGGAGCGCGGCACGCUGCGCGUCCACGUCCUGCACCGGGCCCUGGUGGGGCCGGACAAGCUGCUGGGCCAGGCGGUCAUCAGCCUGCCGCAGCUGAGCGAGGACAAGAGCCGCAACAAGACCGAAUGGUUUAAGUUAUUGGACAAGACUGGCAAGCCAGACAAAGACCGAGGAGAAGUGCUUGUGGACGUCCAGUUCAUGAGAAACAACAUGACUGCCAGCAUGUUUGACCUCUCUGCUGUCGGAAAAUCCCGUUCCCGCCUUGGCAAGUUAAAGGACAAAGUUCGUGGCAAGAAAAAGGAAUCAGACUCCGUGUCUAGUGUGGUGCCAUCCUUCUCUCAGGUUCUGACGGACAGUGAGGAGGAGGAGGCGAAUGGAGACGGCAUGGGGGCAAGCAAAGAUGGCAAUUCUAAGAAACAUAAGAAGAAAUCUUUGUUUUCUCCCAAGACAAACCUGCAGAGAAAUCUGUCUCAAUCUAUGUCCGUCCUCCCUCCAAAGAACUCCUUUUUAAGUGGCAGCCAGUCGUCUGGUCUGAAUGUGGAGCCCUCCGAAGGUAAAAAGAAGUUCAAGUUCAUGAUACACAAACGCUCCAGUAGCUCAGAAAGCAAAGAUUUAUCCUCUGGUCAUCAUAAACAAGUUCCUGUGGAGCAGAGCACCCUGUGCAUCAAUGGCAGCCACGUGUACUGUGAGGAGCCACAGCCCCGGACCUCACGCAUUAGCUCCAACUUCAGUGUGGCCAGUUCAGGCCACGGAUCAAUGGAGGAGGUCCCCGAAAGCUCUCCACCAUCUGUGGAUUCACUACGAGCUGGAAGGCAGUGCUCACCCUGGACAGAGGAGGAAGAGGAGGAGGAAGAGGAGAAAAACGCCGUGGAUGGAACGAAAAGGGAACAAGAAGAAAGGACUUCUGUGGAGGAACACUGGACAAAGGAAGAGGAAGCUCUUAAGAGUCAAGAGGUGCUUGAAAGGUUGGCUCAGGGGAAGCUGAGACGAGAGGAAGAAGAGCGAAUGGAGCUUGAAGAGAAAGUAAAAAGGGAGGAAGAGGAAAGAAUUUUGAAAGAAGAGAAAAGGAAGACAGAAGAAAGACUUAAACAAGAGGAAGAAGAGCAGAAAAAGCUGUCAAAAGAAAGGGAGAGGCAAGAAGAAGUGAAGCGGAAACUUGAGGAAAAGAGACAGAGAGAGGAAAUAAUUAGGAGAAAUGAAGAGAAAAUUAGACGUGAAGAAGAGGAGAGAGCUGAGGAAAAAAGAAAAAAGAGAAGAGAGAAUAAAUUAGCAGAGGAAAAGAGGGCACUAGAAGAAGAAGAAGAGAGGAUAGCAAAAGAGAAAAUUAGACAGGAAGAGGAGCAAAUGAGGGUGGCUAAAGAGAAAGCUGAAGAGGAGAGAAGGAGGAAAGAGGCAGAGGAAGAACUGGUGAGAGAGCAGGAAAUGGAACAAUUAAAGCAGAGAGAGGAAGAAGAGAGGAUGAUUAAAGAAAAGGAAGAGUGUGAGAGAAUUGAAGAAGAAAUGAAACUACAAGAAGAGAGGAAAAGGAUUGAGCUGGAGAGGCUGAGGAAGGAGGAAGAGGAGAGAAGAAGGGUUGAAGAGGAAAGGAUUAGGAAAGAGGAAGAAAUGAGAAAAGUGAAGGAGAAAGAAAGGAAACAACGAGAAGAGCUGGAGAGGCUGAAGAAAGAGGAAGAGGAGAGAAGAAGGGUUGAGGAAGAGGAAAGGAUUAGGAAAGAGGAAGAAAUUAAACAAAAAGAGGAGAUGCUGAGGAGGCAAGAGGAGGUGGAAAGGCUGGCGAGAGAAAAGCUGAUUCAAGAGGAGGAAGAGAGAAGAAAGAUUCAAGAGAAAAUGGUGGAAGAGGACAGGAUUAGAAAAGAAGAGGCAAUGACACAUGAAAGGGCUAGGAAAGAAAGGGAGGAAUUUGAGAGACUGGAAGAGGAGAAAAUUAAACUAGUGAGGAGAAGAAAAGAGGAAGAAGAGAGAAUUGAUAAGGAAGAGCAGGAAAUUAUUCGGAAGAAGGAGAUUAAGAGGAGACAGGAGGACCAGGAGACAGCUAGUGAGGAAAAAUGUACAACAGGGAGAAUAUCUAUGGCAACAAAAAGUCCAGAAGAAAAGAGGAUUGAGGGAGAAGAUAAGGUGAGAGGAGAAAAGAUAGCUGAGAAUGAGAAGGGAAAGGAAGGAAGGAAGCAAGGGAAAGACAUUUUAAGGGAGGCAGAAGAGCAGAUGGAAAAGGAAAAGGGAUCAAAUAUGGAGAGGGAUGCAGGGAUCAAAUGUAUCCCAUCUACUAACCCUUUUGACGAAAACCCGUUUGAAUCCCCGGAGGACGAGUCCGACUGUCCUUCUGUACCUCUCAGCCACACAGCUGAAGAGGAACCUGUUCAGCAAAGAUCUCAGUUGUCUGUAUCAUUAGCUGGGAACAGAGCCACUUCCACUAAUGAAAAGGACCCGGUUACUAAUCAUCGAGAGAAGAGACCAGCCCCUCUGCCCCCUGGAAAGAAUCCAGCCGAGGGACCAAGGCUAAAGGAGCAGGAUUUGUCGGCAGAAAGACUGCCACAGGUCAACCAGAAAGCCAAAGAUGUCAAAACUGUCAGCGUCCUUCCGCAGCGCUCGGUGCGAACUCUGCAGAAUACGUCUACUCCAGACCCAAAGAAAACUCAGAGGCCAGGGCAAAACGGCACCACCAAAGUAACGACAACCAAACACGGCAAACGACCUGCACCGUCCAGACCUUCAGCGGCCCAAGAGCCAUCAUCGGAACCAAAGACGGCUUCUGGGAAAUCCCACGGAGGUGGCUCGGAGAAAAAGCAGGUCCAGAAUCCUCAUAGCUUCAAUCCAUUUGAAGAUGAUGACGAUGAAGAUGAAACCUCGGUCCCUGAAGAUACCGGUCCAGUCCAGUGGCCAGCAGCCAUGUAUGCAGACAAAGACGCUUCCAAAAUCAAAUCCUCAAAAAUAGCCCACGCUCCCCUACCUCCUCCAAAUGACAACACAGUGAGAACUUUAAUCAGCCAAACUAAUGAUAAAGGCCAUGUUGUGGGCACUUCAGUCACAAAUGUACCAAAGAAUGACCCACAGGUGUGUGUAAGAGAAGAGGGGCCUCCUCCAAGUUUACGCAGGCUUCAACCUGUCAAACCCCUGAAUGCCCCUGAACAGCAGUCUGCCUUAGUAAUGAAAGGGGAAAAAGAUCACAAAUCCGCAGACAUUCUCAGUGGAUUACAGGAUAAAACAAAGGUUAAUAAUAAUGGGAUUACAGGGCCAUACUCCCAGCUGACUCGGGAAGAACUGAUCUCUCUGGUGCUGAAACAGGAGAACCAGCUCUCUGAGCGAGAUAAAAAGAUAUCGGAGCUGGAACAGUACAUCGACAACCUACUGGUGCGGGUCAUUGAGGAGCAGCCGAGCAUCCUCAUGUCACUGAACUCUCUGAAGAAAGCUGCCUAAAUAUUAUUGCUACUUUUAAGUUCAGAUCCCAUUGUGCUCACUUUAUUCACUUGCAUUUCUCCACUAUCAGACUUGUUAGUGAGCGGGUAUAUUUGAUAAAAAAUUCUGGAGCUGCAAAAAAUCCAAGCUUGACACAUCAGCAAAUUAAAGAGUAAGGAUAAAAAACUUGUAUAACUAUAACCUUUUUGGAUGAUUCUCACUUUUGAUUAAAUCUAUAGCAUUUAGGAACUCAUCUUGUGUCUAUGUACAUAUAUGUACUCAUGACAUUGUUAUUCACUGUAUUCAUGGCAAAACUGAAAUGCAUUUUUUCUACUUGAUGAAUAUUUUUCUACUGCCACAUUCUGCACUUGUUAGAUUUUUCUACUAAUGAUAGCUGUUUACAUGAUUCUGUAACUCCAAAAAGCACUUUAAUUUGUUCCCACAUGUAAUGAGUAAACACUGAGAUAUUGCACUAUUCUGAGGUUACUGCUUUAACUGCUUUAUUAAAUCUGCAAAAUUAAAAUGACAAUCUAAACUGUAUAUUUUUUUUAAUUGUUAAAUGCUAAAUAAAUAAAAAUGAAGAAGAAA